AUGGGCAAUAUCUAUUCGGGACCGUUACUCCGUGCUUUACAAGGAUUGCUAAAAGAGAGAAAUCUUAAAAUAUCAGAGUCAACUUUAAACGGAUUUCUGAAGGAAAUAGACCGGGUUGCACCCUGUUCUUUCUGCAAGCCAAAAGAAAUAAGAAAAAUUCAACAAAUAUUUCCAGUGUUUGACGAUCCAGCUCAGGGCCGAUAUCAUGAGCCCAUAGGACAUAAACAGUUAAAAGAUCUUGCAGAGUCAGUUAGGACGUAUGGGACUAAUGCCUCCUUUACUCAGGCUCAGGUAGAGAGGCUCACUGCUUAUGCAAUGACUCCUGCAGAUUGGUAUAAUACAGUGAAAGCCUGCUUAACAAUGGGACAAUAUCUUGAUUGGAAAUCUAUCUAUCAAGAUGCCUGUGCCGCUCAGGCUAGACAAAAUGCUGCUAAUGGUCAGCCAUUUUGGACUUAUGAAAUGUUGACUGGCCAGGGACAAUGGACGGUUAAUCAGACGGCCUACCCUGUGGAGGUAUAUGGACAGAUUAACCAGAUAGCUGUACGAGCAUGGAAAAGCCUGCCCAAUAAAGGAGAAGUUACUGGCAACUUAACAAAAAUAGUUCAAGGCAUAAAUGAACCUUUUUCGGAUUUUGUGGCAAGAAUAAUGGAGGCUGCAGGUAGAAUUUUUGGAGACCCUGAUACUGCUAUGCCCCUUAUAGAACAGCUUGUUUAUGAGCAAUGUACAAAGGAGUGUAGAAAUGCUAUUACACCAUGGAAAGGAAAAGGGCUUAAUGCCUGGAUGAAAGCAUGCAGAGAGAUAGGAGGUCCUUUGUCUAAUGCGGGGAUAGCAGCAGCUGUCCUUGCUGCAAAGAGGAUUAGAGACAUUACUUGCUAUAAUUGUGGGAAAAGAGGACACAUAAAAAGGCAGUGUAAGAGUCAGAUUCCAGGAAGUCAAGACAGAGUUAAUGUACAGAAGAAAGUUCCUGGGAUGUGUCCACGUUGUGGGAAGGGUAAACAUUGGGCCAAUGAGUGUAGGUUAGUUAAAGAUAUUAAGGGGAGAGUGCUCACAAAUGAUUCUAAUAGCCAGCCAAAAAACGGACAGAGGGGCCCUCGACCCCAGGGCCCUCAAAUGUAUGGGGCCAUGAAUGUCGAGCCACCCAAGGUAUCCAUGAGGCCACCGGGGAGCCACGGAGAGCCACUCUGGGUUCCGCAGGGUUGGACCUCUGUGCCACCACCGGAGCAGUAUUAACACCACAAAUGGGUUGUCAACCAAUCCCCUCUGAUUUUAAAGGACCCCUGCCCUCUGAUACAGUAGGCUUGGUGCUAGGACGCUCAUCUUCAGCUCUGAAAGGCUUAAUUGUUCACCCUGGAGUUAUAGAUGAGGAUUAUGAAGGACAAGUAAAAAUUCUGUGCUCUUCCCCUAGAGGGAUAUCUUCUAUUUCCUGUGGGGAUUGUAUUGCUCAGCUUUUAGUAUUGCCUAGCCUACAUGGCUUGUUCCCUUAUAAAAAGGAUAUUAGAGGAACAAAAGGUCUUGGAUCCUCCAGAGGAGGAUGUGCCUAUGUCUCACUGGAUCUGGAUGAAAGACCAACCUUGGAGUUAAUUAUUCAAGGAAAAAUUUUCUCUGGUAUUUUAGAUACGGGAGCAGAUACUAGUAUUAUCUCCACCAAAUGGUGGCCUUCUAAUUGGCCUGUCAAUCAGUCUUCACAAACUCUACAAGGGUUGGGAUAUGAGUCUUCUCCUAGUAUAAGUGCUCAGGCUUUAAGAUGGAGGGAUCAUGAAGGACGUGCGGGAGAAUUCAUACCAUAUGUACUCCCUUUACCAGUAAAUUUGUGGGGACGAGAUAUUUUACAUCAGAUGAAGUUUAAAUUGACUAAUGAUUACUCUAAUCAGAGUCAACAAAUUAUGAGAGAUAUGGGGUGUGUUCCAGAAAAAGGAUUAGGAAAAAUGUCACAAGGAAGUCCAGAGCCUGUGACUGGUACUCAAAAAUUAGAUCGAAAAGGACUGGGUUUUUCCUAGGGGCCAUUGAGGAUGCUUUGCCCAUACCCUGGGUGACGGAGGCACCUGUGUGGGUACCCCAAUGGCCUCUCACCUCCGAGAAAUUAAGAGCAGCAAAAGAACUUGUGCAGGAACAAUUAGAGCAGGGACAUU